AUGGCCUCGUCUCUGCCCCUCGCAGCUGCCAGUAACCCCAAAAGCUUGCCAACAAAACCCAGCAGUACCCUACCGCCCUCCCCGUCUUCAUUGCCCAUACCGCCACCGUCCCCACAGCUGUCGCCAGAGCCGCCGCCGUCGCCGGCUCAGCGAUCGCCACCCCCCCCACGGCCUCAACCGUCGCCGCGUCCUCAACCCAAGAAGCACCCUUCGCCGGCUCCGUCGCCAAAGCCGCCGUCGCCACGGCUGCCAGCACCACGGCGAUCGCCCCCCAUUAAGCGGAGCCCGCCACGCGUAUCUUCACCACCACCCUCUCCCUUACGGGUGGCAAAGACACCUUCGCCUGCAUCCCCAUUCAAGAUUGCGUCGCCGCAGCGGCCUCAGUCGCCGCUCGUCUGGGCCGCACUCAAACCCCCACCCCCGCCGUCACCUCAUGUACCCGACGCCCCGCUCGCGCCCCCGGCUACACCUUCAAUCCAGCCGUACAACUCCCAACCCGAGAAUGCACUGCUCAGGACGACGAUUCGCGCCUCUUUUUUGUCGUCGUACCUCCUGUACUGCCGGGCCAGAGCUCCUCCAACGCGUAUCGGCGACUCGUAUUCAGCAGCGGCGUGGUGGGGCGCCCAACAGUAUGACGCACUGGAGACCGGAGAUGCCGUACGACUAAUCGGCCAGCAGCGCGUGACGGCGGCAACGGCGGCGGCAGCUGUCGCACAGGCAGCGGCAGGAAAGGGCUCUGGUCUAACGGCGGCCGCUGCUGAUCAGGACGUCGAUUCCGACUACAUCCAGGCGGACACCUUGAGCGUCAUCUCCAGCAGCUUCUACCGCUAUCUGCGGCAUAUUAGUUAUGAAGUACCCCGCCCGCGGCCCUUCACCUCCAUCACUUACAUCUUAAACAUAUGCGGCCAGGUCAACCCGUUGAAACGCCAGGACUUGCUUCCCUAUUGGGACGGCUCCGCAAUGGAUGGCGCCACACUGCCCCAGUUCAUAUCUGACUGCUCGCACGGGGUGGAGAGUUUCAGUCAGGAGAACAACGUCCUCCUGGAACCCAUCGACGUGCCGUGCUACGCCACACCCUCCAACAACCGAUCGUACGACUCACAACGGUGCACGGACAGGGAGGUAUUUGGCUGGAUGCAGUACGCCAUGGAUGUCGUACAACAGUCAAAAACGAGUCUAGGGCUACAGCCUUGGAAGUACGAGCGACGCAUCUUCCUGAUCCCCGACCUGCCCGCCUGCGGCGAGUGGUGGUCCCUGGCGUCUGUGGGUUGCUCCGCGGACUGCCCCCUGGUCCAGAAAGUGAUGCCGGGCAGCUCCGUCCGUACGGUGGUUUCGCAGCUGAUUCACGAUCUGGGUCAUUCGUACAGUUUGUCGCACGGCGGCGCGCGGGAAGGCGCUCUACCGAGCGGGCUGGGCCGGGCGGGGGGAGCUCGGGCUGACCCCACCUGCCCCAUGGGCUCCGCCUCCGAGGCAGCCGGGCUGGUGUGUCCCAAUGCACCGAAUAGCUAUAAGAACGGCUGGCUCACUCUUCUAGACGGUAAGACUCGCAGCAGCACCGGCAACAUCACAGGGCCAUUCAUUGGCACCAUUAAGCUCCCCCCAACCAACACACGUCGGGAUGCCGUUGUAGCGGUGACAGUACCCGCCGCAGCCCCCACGGGGGCCACCGGACUCCGAGGUGGUUCCCCACCCAACGGCCGUUUCUUCAUCAGCUACCGCCUAUCAGGCAGUAGCAGCACCGGCAGCGCGUACGACAAGGCUCUGGCGGCGGAGCUGAGCGGACAGGUGUACGUACAUCAGUACGACGGUAUGACCGCACGUGUUGGCACGCCGUACAAGCCCCUCCUGGUGGGCGCGAGCACCGAUGUGGACGUCUACAAACGGCUGCGCCUCGGCGCAACGGCCAGCCCGUACUUUGCAGUACGGGUUGUCAGUACGGACGCUAAUUAUGCAACGAUCCAAGUCUGCAGCGCCGGGACGGGCCUUCUGCCGCAACAAGAGCCUUGCAAGCUGUGCGCAGACGGCCUGGAUAACGACUGCAACGGGCUAAUAGACGAACAAGAUCUAGCCUGCCAGGCGUGCUGA